CUUCCUUCCGGGGAACAAGAUGAUUCCCAGGCAUAUUUCUACAGAAAAUACCUUCGGUCUACAACAAAGGUUUUCAUCUGUAUGUAUGUACAACUUUCGAAAGAUAUAGGAGAAAUUUGUAUUUAUGCUUGCCGCUCAAUCUUCACGACAUUUCACAUCUGUAAAGGGUUUCACACGUGGACGUGCAUGAAACUUAAGAAUUUUUUCGUGUGCGGUUAAGCGUGAAUAUUAUUCACGAAAUGAGUUGCGUGAAACACUGACGUGCGAAUAAAUGUGAAGAUAUUUUUCACAAUGAAAUUAGUGGAAAUCAUUUUCACGCGUGUCGCAAGUAAUAUUUUUUACGAAAAUUUUAACAUGAGAAAUUCACGUGUGGCCAUACACACUUCACGACUUUCACCUGUGAUCAUGUGCGAAAAAUAUGACGCGAAGCGUUUUCGUGACCAUUUCACCUGUUGUUACAGGUGGAAUAAAUUUUUCACGCGUGCCCACACACCAUUUUACGAUGUUCACGUGCGACCGCAAUUCAUUUCGCGAUAUUCACGCGUGUACACGCCGCGGUACCUACUAAAAUUUCUCCAUGGGAAUCAUCAAAAAGUUGCGCUCGGCCUGCGUUCAACUCGAUUUAUAAAUCUCCACUAGCGUUAAAAUUUUUGACUCGAACUAUUUAUAUCUAUUUUAAAUUUUCUACUAAAAGUUAAAAUAGUUAUAAAUGGUUGAUGUUAAAAAUAUUUAUAAAUCAUAUACUUUUAAACUCUUCAGUGGUACAUGCGGAUCCUCCAUGUGCCAACUUCUUUGAGUUAUUUAUGCUCAAGAAAGUAUUAAGUCUCUCCUCCGUGACUGACUUCGACAUAAGACUGCAAUUUAUUUUCAAAAUAAAAAUGCGUAAAAUCUCACAAUGUCAAAAUCAUUUCCAUUCUCAGAUCUACAAAGUCAGCCUCUUUGACUGACACAGUAACAAAGAUCUUGACUGUAUGAAAUGCUUAAAUGAGACUCAUGAUCGCCACACUACUCGGAAGAGAAAAUUCUUCAGUCUUGUAACAAAAUGGAAAACGUACAUUGACUCUCUCAGAGACGACUGAAUAGAAAGUAGAGAGAAGAGAGAAAAGGAACAUGGGUAAGGUAAGAUCUAGAGAGGUGGGGGGGAGGGUGCUUUUUUCCCGUGUAGUGAAUUUUUUAAUAUUAGGUGAAAAGAGCCUGAAAACCCUAAUUUUCGUACAACUUGGUUUUCGGUAGAUUUUUAGAACUUUUUCUAAAAAUAAAUAUUUCCACAAAACUCAGCAUGGUCGAUUACCGAUAGUCCAUCAGUCCUUAAGGCUACCAAUAGAAACUGGGUGCCAGUCCUGGGACCCGUAGGAAAUCCGAUACAACGCCCGAACCGUGGAAAAUCAAGGUCUCACUUUACUUCCAUUUUGGAGAGGACACCCCGAGCUAUCAGCCCAUGAGAAAAAAGCAACACAAUCCUAUUGGAAAAUGUUUACAGACGGCCUAGUUUUCCAAAGAUCUCCUAGAAAACUUGUUUCAGAAAACUCUUGCGAAAUAAAUGUUGGUUAUGAAAACAUACCUCCAAGUCUCCUCUUUUGAACGGCGAAAACCGCAGGUCUCUAUCUUGCUCCUAUCAAAAGUUAUUCGCAAUCAAAUCAUUCAGUGACUUAUGGGACACCGCGUAGGUUCUCACUCGGUUGUUGCAUUUUGUUCUGAAAACUAACAUUGCCGUGGGAUUCAGCAUAGUCGAUAACCUAUGUUUUCAUUCAUUUUUGACAGUCCCAAACCUAACGUCAGAGGAGUGCUAAGGCUUCAGGAAAAACGUCCAUAGCUUCCGAACCAUAGAUUUCCAAGACGUCGCCUAGAUCCAGUUUUGUAGAGGACACUUCAGACUAUAUAUCUAUGAAAAAAAACUCAUAGAUUUAUAUGUCAGUUUUCAGAAAACCGAACUGGUUUUCCAAAGAUCCUCUGGAAAACCGGCUUCGAAAAUUUUUCGGAAAUCUGUUUUUGCUUAUGGAAAGAUAGCUUCAAGUCUUGGCCAUCGAAUGGUGAAAAACGCAAGUCUUGAUCUUGUGUUUCCUUCGAAUUAUUCAAAAAAUAAUGAACGGCUUUGCUUUUUGGAUGUUAGUAUUUAUAUAACCUAAUAACGGAAAAAAGAUCUCAUUCAAGUUUAUUUUUUUCGAAAUUUUCACUCAUACCGUUAGCGCAAAUCGAACAUAUCUUCGUGUUAGUUGAAUGAGAAGAAAACGUUUAUCGUAUAAAGAGAAUUUUCAUUUGGUAUUCAAGGAAGUAUAUAACAAGUAUCGACCUAUAUGUGAUACGUUCGACAAAACAUGUGAGAAGAGAACUUGAUGACCAAGUUGAACUUGGUCAUCAAGUUGCACAAGAGAACUAAUUAAAUUUCUUAAAUAUAACAAGCGCGGUUUUAAUCUGGUUAUAUUUGUUAUGAAAAAGGCCGCCUGACACAGGCAUUUGAACGAAAUCAUGAACUGUUUUAUAACAAUAUAUCUAAUCAGCAAAUACCAGUCAUACUCUAUGUUGGCCAUUGUGAAGUUGACGAUCCAUUGGAUACAUGGAUCAAAGAGCAAGUUAAUGCUGAUUCUUUGAAAUUAUAUAAUUUUUGUCAGAUUAUAUGUGGUACAGCUAAACAAGGUGGCAGCGCCAAUCGUGAAGCAAUAUUAAAACGAAGAAUGUCAUAG